UUUGAAGAGAAAAGAAGACGAGAGGAGUGGAGGGAGACGGAGGGAAAGAAGAUGUCAGAGUUUGCAGCGCAACAGAGCAGCCAUGGAGAGCACUGACAGAUAGACAGACAGGGGCAUAAAGAGUUAACCCUCUCAGUCAGUGAGUGGAUGCGAGCUGCGUGUGGAGCAGAAGAAGGAAGAAAAGGAGGAGAAACAUGAGUCGGCAGCAGCAGCAGUCCCAGGGAGUGGUUUUAACGGGUUACCACAGCAACACGGAACUGUUGCCGAAAACUGGACCGGGUGUCUCGAGCAGCUGUCCGUCAGGCCACGAGCCCACCGUGCCCAGCCGCAGAACAGGCCACUACACAGUCCAGCAGAACCAGAACGCACAUCAUGGAGACAGAUCUGGAUCCUCCACCACCAUCAGCAGCACAAAAACCUCCAGCACUGACCCCCCGCCGCUACUCAACCCAAGUGUUGGCGUGUGCCCUAAACCUCAGCCCCCCUCUAGCCCGAAGUCCGGCUCCAGCCCCAAACACAGUCCCAACUCCAGGUCCAGAGCGCGGCCACCGUGUCAGCGCUGCAACUCACAGGACUCUCUGGACGAGCUGGAGAUGGACGACUAUUGGAAGGAGGUGGAGAAUAUCACUCGCUCUGGAGGAGGAGCAGGGAGGGGAGAAGGUGGUGGAGAAGGGGAAGCGCAGGAGGAGGAGCAGCAGAAAAUUCCUGAGGAGGGCGAGCAGGAGGAGGCGUGGCUCACAGAGGCGGGGCUUGCACGGCUGUUUGAUGAUUCAAUAGCAGCCGACCAAGAUCAGGAAGAAGACAGCGCGGUGUUUCUGUCCACACUGACCAGAUCUCAGGCGGCGGCGGUAGAACGACGGGUGACAUCGCUACAGCAGACGUUGCUACGACGACGCAACAGGCAGCAUGUUCCUGAUGUUAGGGAUAUAUUCAGACCUCCUGAAAAGGAUGAGGAGCCGAGUAAACUCAAAGGGGGAAGUGAGAAUGGACAAAAAGAUGUCACUUCAGCUGAGACAGAGACAGAACUUAACGUUGAAGUGGCGUUUUCAGAGCAGGCGCUCACGUACAGGGACAACCACCAAAAGUUUAAGGUCCCCAACAGCUCUAACUCACCUGACGACAAACUACCGAACUUCAAGCUGCUCCGAGAUAAAACAGGUCAGACCAGAAUAGGAGAUCUGUCUCCUCUGGAUAUGAAAAAGGUGCGUAGACUGGUGCUUGUGGAGUCGACCGCUCUGUUUGACACUGCUGGGAUAGACCUGAAGGCACACAAAGCUGUCAAAGUCAAAACUAAAGAAAGUGGUCUAUUUGGUGUUCCUCUGGCCACUUUAUUGGAGCAGGACCAGAAGCGGGCUUCUGGGACCAAAGUGCCAUUCAUACUGCAGAGGCUCAUUAGUCAUAUUGAGGAGGAGGGAUUAGACACGGAGGGGCUGCUACGGAUCCCUGGAGCGGCCACAAGAGUUAAGUCACUGUGCCAGGAGCUCGAGUCCUCCUUCUAUGACGGAGUGUUCCCAUGGCAACAGCUGAAGCAGCACGAUGCUGCGAGCCUUUUGAAGCUGUUCAUCAGGGAGUUACCGCAUCCACUGCUGACUGUGGAGUACCUCAACGCUUUUAUUGCAGUCAACAAGCUCCCUACAAAGAAGCAGCAGUUGCAGGCUUUGAACCUGCUGGUCCUUUUGUUACCGGAGCCCAACCGGGAUACUCUGAAGGCACUGGUGGAGUUUUUCCAGCGUGUGAUCGACCACCAGGCCAAAAAUAAAAUGACCCUCAACAAUGUCUCUGUCGUCAUGGCGCCCAACAUUUUCAUGUUCAAAGGCUUCCGCUCCAAGGUUACUGAACAACAGGAGUUCUCCAUGGCAACCAGCACAGCCAACAUCGUCCGACUGCUGAUUCGAUACCAAAAUCUUCUCUGGACAAUCCCCAAGUUCAUUAUGACUCAGGUCAGACAACAAAACAUGGAAAGUCAUCGGAAACAAAACAAAGAGCGAGCUGUAAGGAAGCUGCUGAAGAAGAUUACCACCGACAAACCAUCUGAUAAAGCUGUUCCUGAGGAGAGCUCGCAGGGAUUUAUUCGAGUUCAAGCACCACAGUUCAGUAAAGUGUCCAUGGCUGUUCAGCUGACUGAAGAGCUGCAGGCUGCUGACGUGUUAACACGCUUCCUCAGCCAGGACAGUUCGGUGGCGGUGAAACGAGAUGAGCUGUGUCUCUAUGAGAUCGGUGGAAACAUCAAGGAGAGAUGUCUAGAUGGAGAAACGUAUAUGAAAGACCUCUUCCAGCUGAACCCGACAGCAGAAUGGGUCAUCAAAGCUGUGCAGCGAUAAACUCAAUAGCAUUGAGCUGGAUAAUCCAAAUUUUCACAACUGUGUCCUACUGAGAGGAGACGUCUCCUGGUUCUCUGUGGUUUCUGCUGGUUUUGGAUGUACACAGAGUACAUUGUCGCUUGUCAAUUUUUGAACACAUGACUUCACACAUCAAGGUUCCUCUGACAACUGCCAAUAAAUGCAAGUAGUCCAAUGGCAGUUUUAAAGGAAAAGUUAUCCCCAAAUCAGUAAUACAUAUUUUUCUUCUUAGUGAAUACACUCAGCAACUCACUCC